AUGAGUUCCGUUUAAAAAGAAUUACAGAUUUCAAAUUGCAGUGAUCGUGGACUCUAUUACGAUGGGUCAUGCUAAUGUGAUUUAGGCUACUUUGGAGUAGAAUGCGAAUGGAAACUGGAAGAACUUCAUAUAGUUACAUAUUACACCUUUAUAGGAUUCUUUUUAAUACUCUUUACAAUCCUCCUUCUUUUUACUUUAAAAUAGUUUUAAUUAUCUUUGAAAAUGAAUAAGAUACCUUCCUAUUAGAAGUAUGUAAAUAGAUUCUAAUAUUAAUAGAGGAUGCAAUUACAUUAAGAAUGUCCUUGGAUCUCCUUUGAAUUGCAUUUUAUGUUUAACUAUUUUAUUUAGUGUACUUAAGAUUUUAUGGUUAUCUUUGGACCCCUUUUAAUUAUAUGUAUUUAUCAUUAAAAUUUUUCAUUUUAUAGGAUUACAAAGAGAGAGUUUGUGAAAGAAUUCUUGCAGAAGUAGUUUACACAAUUUUAUUUUACAUAUAUGGAAUUUUAUUAAUGGUUUGGUAUACUAUGUAUGAUGAAAUUUCAUUUAAUAUUUCUGAAAAGAAAAAAAAUACUUUAGAUUAAUAGUCAGCUCCAAAAUCAGAAAAUAGAAAAUUCAUUCUUGCAUAUUAUAAGGACAUCAUGAAAAUAAGACUGUUUCUAGUCUUAAUUAUUUAAGUGACUGUUAGUACAAUAAAUGGUAAUUAUUUAACCUUUAAAUAGGAUUAAGAUUAGGACAAUAAUAUAAAACAAUCUUAUAUAUUGCAUAUGUUAUAUUGUUACUUAAUUUUAUGUAAGUUAGGAUGAUUCAUAAUAGUUCCUUUAUUUUUGAAUUCCUUUUAUAUGGUAGAUCCCUAAAUCAAUGUAUAGAAUAAUAACUUAAAAGACUGGAUUAAGAUAAUAGAGAAUAAGAAAGAGAGGAGAAACUUAAAAUAGCAUAAAAUAAUUAGCAAGUAAUCCAAAUAAUUUAUAUAAAAGACAAUUCUAUCAAAAACUUAAUUAAUGAUAUGUUAAGAAGAUUAAUUAUAAUCACCAGCUACACCUGAUUAAUAAAUUUUAAGAUUGAGUUCUUUAAGUGCAAGUGAUGAAAGUCAUGAAUAUAAAGAAACAUCAAGAGCUAUCAUUUAAAUUGAUAAACAUUAACUUCCAAUUUAAAAAAAAAAAUAAGUAACUUUCAAAUCACCUUAAAAUAUACCUUUAGAACAAAAUACUGAAAUUAAAUGGGAAGUUCAAAAAAAUUAAUUUAAUAAUUUUAUAAAUGAAGAAGCUUAAAAUUUUAAACAUGUAGAUGGCGUUUCUAAUCAUUAAAAAGUCAAUUCUUGUUUACUAAAUGAGGAGGAUUUUGAUUAAAUCGAUUUAAAAUGGAUUAUAAAGAAAGAAAGAGCUAACGUUAAGAAAAUAAAAAAAUAAUAGAUUAAAAUUGUGGAAAAAACAAAAUAAUAAGUUAAAGAAAUUAAAAGAUAAAGGAGAGCUACAAUAAAAAAUAAUAAUAAUAAUAAUAAUAAAGAAGGUAUUAAUUUAGAUUCCUUUUAAAUUGAUGAUGAUAAAAAAAUAAAUAGUUAAUUGACAUAAGCUUAUUAAGCUGAGAUGCUUGCUUAAUAAAAAUAAAUUAGAACUGCAAAUCUAAAUGCUGAUAAAAAAGUACUUUCUAAAAUAUAAAUGCUUAUUUAUGUUGGGGUUUUUUUAGAAAUCUGUUUUGGAGCUUUAUCUAUUGUUAUUUUAUUAACUGAUUUAUUAAAAAAACCUGUAGGUUUAAUUUAAUAAUUAUUAUUUUAGGUACUAUUUGCUAUUUGUAUAUUUCAGGAAUGCUUCAAUUCUUAUCUUUGAUUACUGUAUUGAAAUUAUUUCGAGAUGUUAAAAGCCAAGAAGUAUUGAAUCUAAUUUGGAUUUAAAAAGUGGGAAAUAGAAAAAAUAAAAUUAAUUAAUAGUAUUAUUUUACAAUUCCAUUUGAUUAAAAGAUAUAGGAUGAAUCUAAAAGAAAAUUUGAGCAAAGAAUCAAUAUGCAUAUAAGAUGA